UGGAGCCGCGUCUGUUCAGAGAAGAGAAGAUCAGAAACAGAGAAAAGCUCAGAGGUAAUUACUGAACAUCAACACUCACAGUUCACUGAGGAGAACAAGGAGAACCACACUGAUCUGAGAGGAACAGCUGCUGGGUUCUGCUUUAGGUUCUGCUGAAAGGCUCUGUUUGAUAAAGUCAGUCUGAUUCAGAGAGAUCAGACUCACCUGAUUUCAGCUAUGAGUCCAUGAAGAGUCAGUGAUCCACCAGGAUGAUCCAGAGAGGAGGACGGUUCUACUGAGAGGGCAGCAUUUCCAGUGUCCAGCUGUGUGUGGAGAAUAAAUCCUCAGUGAUGGAGCUUCAUCACUCCAGCAGUGGAGGAACAACCUCUGAUUCAAAAGUGAAGCGUGCAGGACCUCCAGAACCCAGCUGUGUGUCUGAGAAGAGUGACCGGUCCAUGGAGAACCCUCUUAAAUUCAGCACAGAAGGAGGAGAACCCAGCUGUGUGUCUGAGAAGAGUGACCGGUCCAUGGAGAACCCUCUUAAAUUCAGCAGUGGAGGAGGAGAACCCAGCUGUGUGUCUAUGAAGAGUGACCGGUCCAUGGAGAACCCUCUUAAAUUCAGCAGUGGAGGAGGAGAACCCAGCUGUGUGUCUAUGAAGAGUGACCGGUCCAUGGAGAACCCUCUUAAAUUCAGCGGAGGAGGAGGAGAACCCAGCUGUGUGUCUAUGAAGAGUGACCGGUCCAUGAUGUUUCCAGCACAGUCCAGUGGAGGGAGAGGAUCCUCUGACUCAGGGCAGCACUCCACACAAACAGCACUGCAGAUAAACACUCUAGCAGAUAUUCACCAACCAGUGGAUGAUGUUCUACACAGAGUCUUAGAGAGACACAAAACCAGCAUGAAGAACAAGUACGAGAGCCUAUUUGAGGGAAUCAGAACAGAAGAGAAUAAAACCCUCCUGAACAGGAUUUACACUCAGCUCUACAUCAUAGAGGGAGAGAGUGAAGGAGUGAAUGAAGAACAUGAGGUUCUACAGAUGGAGAAAACAUCCAGGAGACGCUUACAAGACUCUCCAAUCAACUGCUCAGACAUCUUUAAACCUCUACAAGGUCCUGAAGGAGAAACACGAGAAGAGACCAUUAGAGCUGUGGAGGCUGACAGACUCAGACACAGAGAAGGAGAAGAUAACAGACCAGAAGAGCCAGAGCUCAGAGCUGUUCUGACUAAAGGCAUCGCUGGAAUUGGAAAAACUGUCUCUGUGCAGAAGUUCAUUCUGGACUGGGCUGAAGGAACAGCCAAUCAGGAUGUGGAGCUCAUGUUUGUGCUUCCGUUCCGGGAGCUGAACCUGAUUAAAGAUGAUCAAUACAGUCUUCAUGGACUUCUGUGUGACUUCCAUCCUGAGCUCAAAGAUCUGGACCCAGAGAUUUAUCAUCAGAUCAAAGCUGUGUUUAUAUUUGAUGGUCUGGAUGAAAGCAGAAUUCCACUGAACUUUGAACAGUGUGAGAAAGUAUCUGACAUCACCAUGACAUCAUCAGUGGGUGUGUUGAUGACCAACCUCAUCAAAGGAGAUCUGCUUCCCUCUGCUCUGAUCUGGAUAACCUCCCGACCAGCAGCAGCCAAUCAGAUCCCUCCAAAAUACAUCAACCGUGUGACCGAAAUUCAGGGAUUCAGUGACCCACAGAAGGAGGAGUACUUCAGGAAGAGGAUCAGUGAUGAAGACCAAGCCCAGAGAAUCAUCUCCCACAUUAAGACAGUGAGGAGCCUCCACAUCAUGUGCCACAUUCCAGUCUUCUGCUGGAUCUCAGCCACUGUUCUUCAGCAGAUCAUGAAACAGCCUCAUACAGAAAUCCCUAAAACUCUGACUGAAAUGUACUCACAGUUCCUGAUCACUCAGACCAACAUGAAGAACGAGAAGUAUGAGGAGAAAGACGAGAGAGACCCAAAGAACCUGCUGGAGUCCAACAGAACCGUUCUUCUGAAACUGGCUGAACUGGCUUUCAAACAGCUGAUGAAGGGCAAUGUGAUGUUCUAUAAAGAGGACCUGAGAGAGAGCAGCAUUGAUGUCACUGAGGCCUCAGUGUAUUCUGGGAUUUUCACUGAGAUCUUUAGGGAGGAAUGUGUGCUUCACCAGAGGAAGGUCUACUGCUUUGUUCAUCUGAGCUUUCAGGAGUUCCUGGCUGCUGUUUAUGUGUUUCACUGCUAUGAGAACAAAAACAUGGAGGAACUGGAGAUACUUAACCCACAGUACAGUGAGUGGUCUGAGAAUGUUCCUCUGGAUGAGGUUCUGAUGGGAGCAGUGAAUAAAGCAGUAAAGAGUCCGAAUGGACACCUGGAUCUUUUCCUCCGUUUCCUGCUGGGCGUCUCACUGAAGUCCAAUCAGAGACGCCUGCAGGGUCUACUGACCCCAACACAGCGCAGCUCAGAGAGAACCAGAGAGCGCAUCAAGAGAUUAAUCAAAGGAGAUAAUUAUCGCAUCUCCACUGAGAGAUCCAUCAAUCUGUUCCUCUGUCUGUCUGAAAUGAAUGACCAGUCUCUCUCCAGAGAGAUUCAGGAGUAUCUAAACUCAGAGAGACACUCAGAGGUGAGACUCUCUCCUGGACAGUGUUCAGCACUAGCCUGCAUGCUUCUGACCUCAGAGGAGGUUCUGGAUGAGCUGGACCUGAAGAAAUUCAACACAUCUGAGGAGGGUUAUAGGAGACUGAUCCCAGCUCUGACUGUCUGCAGGAAAGCUCGACUAGCUGGGUGUCGUCUCACCACAAGUUCCUGUGAGAAUCUAUCAUCAGAUCUACAGUCUGUGAACUCGUCUCUGAAAGAGGUAGACCUGAGUAACAAUGACCUUCAGGAUUCAGGAGUGGAGCUGCUCUCUGCUGGACUGAAGCACUCGCACUGUAAACUGGAGAUGCUCAGACUAGCUAGGUGUCGUCUCACCACAAGUUCCUGUGAGAAUCUAUCAUCAGCUUUACAGUCUGUGAACUCGUCUCUGAAAGAGCUAGACCUGAGUAACAAUGACCUUCAGGAUUCAGGAGUGGAGCUGCUCUCUGCUGGACUGAAGCACUCGCACUGUAAACUGGAGAUACUCAGACUAGCUGGGUGUGGUCUCACCACAAAUUCCUGUGAGAAUCUAUCAUCAGCUCUACAAUCUGUAAACUUAUCUCUGAAAGAGGUAGACCUCAGUAACAAUGACCUUCAGGAUUCAGGAGUGGAGCUGCUCUCUGCUGGACUGAAGCACUCGCACUGUAAACUGGAGAUACUCAGACUAGCUGGGUGUGGUCUCACCACAAAUUCCUGUGAGAAUCUAUCAUCAGCUCUACAAUCUGUAAACUUAUCUCUGAAAGAGGUAGACCUCAGUAACAAUGACCUUCAGGAUUCAGGAGUGGAGCUGCUCUCUGCUGGACUGAAGAACUCGCACUGUAAACUGGAGAUACUCAGACUACAUAUCUGUAGUCUCGGUGCGAAAGCUUGUGAAAAUCUGGGAUCCGCUCUACAAUCACCAAACUCCUCCCUGAGAGAGCUGGACCUCAGCAACAAUGACUUGCAGGAUUCAGGAGUGGAACUGCUCUCUGCUGGACUGAGGAGUUCAUUCUGUAAACUGGAGACUCUCAGAUUGUCUGGCUGUAUGGUUACAGAUGUAGGCUGUUCCUCUCUGGCUUCAGCUCUGAAAUCCUCCCACCUGAGAGAACUGGAUCUGACCUAUAAUCAUCCAGGAGAGUCAGGAGUGAAGCUGCUGUCUGUUCUACUAGAGGAUCCACACUGUAAACUGGAGAAACUACAGGUGGAUCAUGGAGGAAAGAUCAGGAUCAAACCAGGACUGAAGAAAUAUGCUGUUCAUCUCACUCUGGAUCCAAACACAGUGAACAGUCGUCUCUCUCUGUCUGAGGGGAACAGAAAGGUGAAGUGGGUGAGAGAAGAUCAGUCGUAUCCAGAUCAUCCAGACAGAUUUGAUCAUUAUCCUCAGGUUCUGAGUGUGGAGAGUCUGACUGGACGCUGUUACUGGGAGGUUCAGUGGAAUAAAGACGCUGAUAUAUCAGUAUCAUACAGAGGAAUCAGGAGGAAAGGAGGCAGUGUUGACUGUGAGUUUGGAUCCAAUAAACACUCCUGGAGUCUGAUCUGCUCUGAUAACAGUUACUCUGUCUAUCACAAUAAACAGAGAACUGAUCUACCUGCACCCCCCUCCUCCACUAACAGAGUAGGAGUGUAUCUGGACUGGGGGUCCGGCACUCUGUCCUUCUACACCAUCUCCCCUAACACACACACACUGACCCACCUACACACAUUCACCACCACAUUCACUGAACCGCUCUACGCUGGAUUCUGGAUUUAUGACUCAGUGAAUCUGUGUGAGACAGAAUAACCUCUACAGAGAGAGAGAGACACAAACACAGAGAGAGACAGAAAGAGAGAAAACAGAGGGUGGGCAGAGAGAGAGUGAGAGAGAUAGACAGUGAG